AUACAUCAGACGCAUUUAUCAAUUGAUAUAAAUACGAAACGAAUGUUAAAUACGUCUUGAAGGAACUGUUUAAAUCCUGUAUUAACCCUUUCAUGGCCGUAAGACCAUCUAGAAGGUUAUACUUCUGUGAUGGGAGUUUUUUGGUUUCAAAUUGAAAGGUAUUGGUUACAUUAUACAGGUUAUACACGUGUACAAUAUAAUGUUAAAAUGUCAGAUGUAACGUAUGUCUUAUUUUGCAUAUUUUGUUAUCGGUUGAUGAAUGUAUUUCAUAUUUUUCAUUGAUAAGGAUCUUCAUUUUUGAAAAAAGGGGCUGACAAAUGUUUUAUGCGUCCCAUUGAAAUAAUCUUAAGAGAAAAUGGAAUUGAUAUAGCCUACUUCUACCUAACUGUAACAUUGACUUUAAGUUUUUACAGUUUGAUAAUGUUUCAAUGACAACUGCUUUUUUGUAUACGGAUGAAGUUUUUAUGGACGUGGGUUACAGUCUAUGCAAUUUGUAUGUAUAGUAAAAAGAACUAAUUUAAGAUCUAAACUUACUCGAAUUUGUCUUGUAGGACACCAACUGUUAUUAAUAUAUUCACAUUAUAUUCUUGUAUGUAAUUAAAGUAAUUUAAGAAGUAAAGAACUAUUAUACUGUCACAUUUAAAGGCAGAAAGACUUAAAUGAAACUGUGUCUAUACAGUCAGUUUCGAAUCAAAGGUGACACGCAUUUGUUUAGAUUUAAUUUUUGGAUAUACUUUCGCAUCCAUCUGCAUGCUUUAACCGACGCAUUAGUAGCAAUUAUGAAUGCUUCACUUCCGGAAUAAAAAUGAUAUGAUUUUUUAGAAAAUGUUAUAUAGCUCAGUGCUUAAGGAAUAUCAUAUAUUAGUAUCAUAAGGAAUAUCAUACUAGUCCAAGGGAGAAAACAGCGAAACGGUUGAAACUUUGUUCCGUACGGUUUAUUGCAUCAAUGUGUAGAAUGAAAAUAUAAGAUAAAGUGAUAAAGAAUUUUAUUACAUUCUAUUUAACUUUUUUUCUGAAACAUCAGUAAUUUAAAACAGUAUUGCUGAAUAUUUAUAAGUGCUUCAUUGACAGUUCCCCUAUAUCGAACACCCAGGGCGCAAAAAUAGUGUUCGAACUGUCUGUCCGUCCGUCAUUCCGCCCUUCUCACUUUCUUGCGUAAUCAACUCUUCCUAUAGUUUUUAUCAAAUUCAAAUAUAGCUUGGUAGUCACCACCAACAUGAAGGAAACAUGUGCUUAUUGCCUGAUAUUUUAGUUACGUACGUUUUUGAGCAUCUUAUGUUACACAACUUUGCUUACAGUUUCUGUCCAAUUCAAAUGAAACUCGGUAUACAUCAUCAACAUUAUGUACAGACUCACAUAUCGUUGUAACUUUCAUGAUAGAUUAUUUGUUUGAAGUUUGUUUUAUAUCAUACAUUUGUCAGGGGGGCAUAUGUUUACAAUGUUAGCGUCAUUUUUGUCUGACAUACGGUCUGUACAGAUCUAUAUGUUACUUGGUUGCGAAGAAGUUGAAGGUAUUCCUUUUUACAGUUCACAGCGAUUCUCGGUUUGGUGUGUGUUCCACUAGAGAGCCUAAAUUCUGAGGAAUCGUGAUGACAGAAAUAGUUCUGAAUUCCAAGACUGUUAAAGCGCAUAUAAAAUUCUAGACAUAUUCUUCCUUGUUUGUUAUCUCUGUCUUUUAAGUGUAUAUGGUAUUGUUCCGUCUUCAUUUACAACGAAAAGCGUUGCGCGGUAAGAGGUGCAAUAGCAAUAGCAUUCUUGUAGUAAUAUCAUUUCAAGUGACAGCUAAUAAAGAUUUGGUAAGUUAUAUUCCAACAACUAAUGAGUGUUGAGCAUCAUCGUUAGCUUUUACUUUUGUUCAAACUGGCGUCAUGUUUCUCCUAUCAAGUGCUUGUAUAUUGUGAAAUACAGUGUUGUGACUGAUUAUUAAAAAUACGGAAAUAAAAAUUUGAAAAUGACAAAACCCAAGAUUUGAAUUAAUGAUUAGUAUAAAUUUUAUAAACAUGUUUUGGAUUGAAUAAAGUACUAUGUGACAAAAAUAUCAAAUGUUGAAUAGAAUAAGAAUCUCCUUAUUUGCACAUUACAAAAGUGUAAUGUUCUGUGAAAAAAAAAACAAGCGAGGAAGUUGUUUAUAUCACUGAAGAGCGGUGAUGUUUAUUAUUACGGUUGUUAUAUAUUCAUAAUCUUUUAAACGUUUUCUAGGUGUGUAAGGUGUGUAUUGAAUUCGUCGAUACACAUAACACACAUAACACACAUACACAACACACAUAAACACACAUACAUAACACGCAUAACACACAUAACACACAUAAAUGAAACAAUACUUCGAUUGAAUAUCAGUAUCCAUGAACCUCUGACUUAAUAUGUGAUUCUACAUUGCAAACUGCAGUUCACGAUCUAAGCUCUUUGAAAAUCGUAUUAGUAUUAGUGCACACAAUUUAUGACCCUGUAUUUAAAUCAUGAGUUAUUUAAAAUCAAUUAGUAGGGAUUAAAUUUAUAUAAAUGGAUUAAAUGUAAAAUAUAUGGAACACAAUUAUGUAAGUUUGAUAAUAUUUAUACGUAUUUCUUACCCUUGUACAAAUAAUAGAACAUUAUUAAUUACUCAUUCAGUUGGACGAAAAGACAGUUUUACACAGGACAACGGUGUGCAAACUCAAGUUAAAGCCAAGGUUUAAAGUCACACUAUUUGGAUCUUUGAUGAGAAGAUGAUUGUGUUAACCAUUACGACCGUUUUAGCGAUUUUACCAAUUACUUGUGUUGCAUAUACUCCAUCAGAUGCCGAAGCCUUGCGUGCGCACCUGUUUACUAAUUAUUCCACCAAGGACCGUCCGACCAAUCAAACAAAUAUUGAUAUAAAUUUGGGUCUCAUGCAUAUUACGGAAUUUGAUAUCAUCACCCAGCAGCUACACUGUAUCGGAUUUAUAACUGCUAUGUGGGACGAUGACCGCCUGCAGUGGAACGCUACAGACUACGGAGAUAUGCAAGAAUUCUUAACUCUUCUUUCAGACGUAUGGUCUCCGCCGCUGUUAAUCAAUAAUGCAGCGGACGAAAUAAAGAUUAUGAACGACAACGAAGAUUUAGCGAGUUCUCAUGUUUAUUUGAUGCCUAACGGAAGUGUGAUAUGGCUGACGCCAGCAAAUAUUUUAGCACAGUGCUCGGUUGACAUCCAGUUCUACCCGUUUGAUACACAAAAAUGUAAAAUUGCGAUAACAUCCUUGUUAUUUCUGGAAAGACAAGUAAAUCUUGUUUCCACGGCAACAUCCGUAUAUUACGAUCUUUACGAAGAAAAUGGCGAAUGGGAGAUCUCUAGCUCUUCUAUAAAGGAUACAAAAAGAGUGUUGAUUGGGAACUCCAUGUCUGCUAUAGAAUUUAGUUUCCAUCUGAAGAGAAAAUAUUCCUAUUAUUUAUUGAAUAUGAUGUUACCAGUUAUAUUUCUGGCAGUGAUGGGACCCUUUGUGUUCAUGCUUCCGGUAGAGAGUGGGGAAAAGAUUGGCUUUGCACUGACAAUUCUUUUGUCUUUGUCAGUUGUCAUGACAAUUGUGUCCGACAGCAUUCCCCCAACGUCUACACAUGUUUGUAUCUUAAGUGUGUAUCUGUUGCUGACAUUUAUUGUGUGUUCAUUUGAGACGCUUGGCACUGUUGUCACGUGCAAAUUGCAUGAAUGUAGUAACAAAGGAGAAAAGUUGGGAAAACGAAUGCAAAAAUUUGCUAGAUUUCUAGCAAAUGUGACUUUUUACAGGAAGAAAUGUAAAGAUGACGACAAAGAUGAACCAGGGUCUUCUGGAGCAUUGACACAACAUGACGAAGAAAAUAAUUGUCCUAAGCAAUUGUCAAAAGAUGAACUAAAAAGCAAGGCAUGGGAAAAUGACCAUACUAACGACCAGGAAAAUCAAGAUUGCAUUCAAUAUGACUUUGAUGACCUUGUUUAUUUAUUUGACACUUUUCAGUUCUAUUUUUUUACCAUUUUAACGAUGCUUAUUACUUUGAUUUCAAUGAUCGUGUUAAGUGCAGGUGGAGCAGCCUCGUCGUAGGAUAUCACAUGCUACACUGUGGAAGUGCCGCUCUAACAACAACCUGGUUGUUUGAGAAAUGUAUGUAUUAGUGAAAUCCAUCCAGCUGUGUUUGUUUGCUAAUUUGGAAUAACAAAAGAGAAAACGUAUUUCUUCCAAUUUAAGUUGAAAUGAACUACGUCGUUAAAAGAAAUGUUGCUAUUAUAUCUGGAACUGUGUGCUAUAAGUAUGAAAAAAGGUAUGUUGAAAUAUAUAAGUACUUUAAGUUCCUUGUAAAUUAUAAUGAAACAAUAAUACAUACACAUCAGAUAAAAAAUCGAAUUCCAGUAAGUUGUACCCUACAAGCGUACUCCUAUAAUAGUGUAUGUAUAGAUGUGUACAUCAUUAAUACAAUUGAAGGAACACAGUUUUUGAACUGCAUAUAAUAACAUAAAGGUGACUCACUGUUGUGUCUUUAAAUAUAAUAGGGUUAUUAUAAUAUCAAUCUGACUAAAGUACUUGAUCCUCUAAACGAUGAUCUGAGAACGACCUAUUCUCAUUCGUCUUCUGUAUAUUUUGGAUUUCCAGUAUUGCUAUUUUUAUUUUCGCAAAUCUAUUUUUAUUUGAACCAAUCACACAACUUGUUCGAAUGUCGAAAAGUAAGAAAAAUUCGCAGUCAAUCCAGGGCUCAAACCCGGGGCCUCUCGCUUACAGAGCAAGUGCCCUACCGAUUGAGCUAACCGGCUAUCUGAUAUCUGUCGAUAUAAAAAUUGUAGAUAUCAAAAACCAAGGCUUUUUAAAGCUUGCAGAAUGUUGUAAGUUUGCUUUCGAUUGGCCAGCGGAAGGGUCGUCAGAACGAGGCUAUCAAUACGUCGUUGUCAGAUCCUAUGCGUAGCGUAAUAGGAUAUGUACUUUAGUCAGAUUGAUCAUAAUAUAUGCUUGUUCUGGGAUGCUGCAUUCGGCUCGAGUGGAUCCGACUUGGCAAAAUCCACGAGAACCCAGAUCUAGCUACUGUUAUAAUGACCCUUUUAUUAUAUACCUCCACCGUUCUUUUUUCUGCCUGUUCGUAUUAACCUUUUGACAGAAUUUCAAUAGGUAUAUAAUAUUUUGUUUUGUUCUGUUUUUAUGUUUCACGUUUUCUUUAUAUACUCAGAGUCACUGAAAAAGUACCACCCUAAUGGCCCUUAUAUUUUACUGGACACAUUGGACUGUGUUAAAAGCAUACCAUGACUACAUUUUUGACGCAGCUGAGACGUCACUGGUGUAAAGAUUUGAACUCCAUUUUAGGCACGGGCUGCACGUGCAAAAUGAAUUUUUUGAGAAAUGUCGACAUGAACGAAAAUUCUAUCGCAAAUCAUUCAUCGCACUUGAAAGUUAGUCGACAGACUAAAAGGAAUACGUUAAAAACCCAGAAUAUCUUUGCUAAGAAUGCCACGUUUAAGGCACGAUCAACGCCAUUAGGCCAUUGGCAUGGUUGACACCGAACGUUCAUGUUGUCAAAUUGCACGUCGUAUGGGCUGUUCUCACCUGAUACUCAUAAAAUGGGUUAGGAGACAUGAUCAGACAGGGUCUAUGAGUUAUAGACCGCGCACAGGCCAUGCAAAGGUGACGUCGAAAUUGUAUAAAAAAUAAAGAGGUAUAUAAUAGGUGGUAACUUUUCAAUGACGCCCAGUAUAUAUAGAUAAUAUUUUCGUGAGUCUUGAAUAAAAAACCCACUAUUCUAUAAUUGUACUUUGAACAUCGAAAAUAGUUAAUAUUGCGAUUAUUGUCUCCUUUUACGUAUGAGUGAAGAGGUUACUAUUGACUAAAGUGGGCCGGUGUAACACGAUUGACUGUCAAUCCAGAGGUCCGGGGUUCGAAUCCCGGUCCAGACACUGGAAAUUUCUGAGAUGCUUUUGAGUGUCUCCCACCUAAGUUAGAGGCCUGUACUGGUUCUUGCCAGGACAGAUGGUUUCGCGUAUAUCGGUGCUAUACACCGGGCACGUUAAAGAACCAGACUGUCUAUUCGCAAAGAACUAGGCUAAGUUAGCCGGACAAGUCUAUAUAUAAAGAGGAUUUUUCUCUAUCUGUUCUAGGGGCUUUAUCUCUGUCCCUCUGGUCAGAUCGCCCUGCGUCGGUGCUAGUAGAGGAUGAAUUUCGCGCCCUGUGUGGCU